GGGCCAUGUGCACGGCAGCUGCCACUCUAGCCCCUUCAAAGUGGUUCUGUUGUCCAUGUACGUUCAUGAUGAUCGACGACCUCUGGUCCGUGUUUUCUCCUCACAGACCGGCAGAUGGGGCAAUCUCAUCUCAAUAGAGACUCAACCUAACACAAUGUAUGGUCCUUGUUGCCCCGACACCCUUGUUGGCAAUGUCAUUUACUGGUUGUCUAGGUAUGGGAGAGACGAUAUAGUUCAGUUUGAUUUGGAGGGGCAGAACCUUACCCUGAUCAAGGGGCCUCACAGUAUGAAUGAUUUUAGCAUAUGCCAGUGUCAGAUUAUACAGACAGAUGAGAGGAUUGUUGGUGUUGCCAUGUUAUCUAACGAUAACAUUCAAGUGUGGCAGAGGGAGGUCAAUCCUGAAGGUGUUUCCAUAUGGGUGUCCCAAAAGACAGUUGAAUUGCGUAACAUUAUUAAGACCCUUCCUCAAAAUUGGGAAACUAUGCCAUGGACCAAACUAGUGGGGUAUGAUGACGAUACCAAUGCAAUCUUUUUAUAUAUGCAUGAUAGUGCCUAUAUGGUUCAACUCAAAUCAAUGCAUUCCACAAAACUUGAUGUACCAUGCUCUACGAAGUACUACCCUUUCAGGAGUUUCUACCUACCAGGCACAACCGUUGCUGGUGGAACUAAUGGAGCAAAAAAGUUAGGAUGAUUGUCUGGUUUGAUCUGCUAAUGUGCUAAAAUGGUUCAACG